ACUUCUCUAAUUCUCUCUGUGUGGCCUCCGAGAGAGUCCCUUUGUUCUUGGCGCCUCUGAGAGAGUCUCUUUGUUCUUGGCUUCGCUCAUCCACUACCUGAGUUGAGUUUCCUUUCGAGACGAUCUUGUAUGCUUUUAUUCCAAUCGUACCGUCUCUUUCACUCCACAGUUUUUUUGCCUUGUUUCAAUUGUCGGCAUGCCAGUGUUCAUCAGACGGUUCUCUCUCUCUCUCGAUAAUAUAUAUAGACUAUAUGCUUGCUAGGUAUUCUGAUUUUGUAUAAUGGGUGGACGUUUGAUUGAUGUUAACCAAGAACUUCCCUUUUCUAAUGCUGCUCGCACUGUGGUCUUAGUUGGACGCACUGGUAAUGGAAAAAGUGCAACAGGCAACAGCAUUCUUGGCAAAAACGCCUUCAAGGCCAAGCGUAGCUCUAGUAGUGUCACGAGCACUACUGAAUUGAAGACUGCUAUCUUGAGAGAUGGACAACAAAUUAAUGUUAUAGACACUCCUGGUCUUUUUGAUAAUUCUGCCAAAUCAGACUUUAUUAGCAAAGAAAUUGCCAAAUGCAUUACAUUGGCCAAGGAUGGAAUCCAUGGUGUUCUUGUGGUUCUCUCAACUAGAACUCGCUUUACAAAAGAAGAAGAGUCUGCAAUCCGUAGCUUGGAAACUCUAUUUGGAAGUAAAAUCUUUGACUAUAUGAUUGUUGUCUUUACGGGAGGAGAUGAGCUUGAAGAAGAUGAGACUUUGGAAGAUUAUUUGGGCCGUGAUUGCCCGGAGCAUUUGAAGGAAAUCCUUGGUCUCUGUGGAAAUCGUUGUGUGCUUUUUGAUAACAAGACUAAGGAUGAAAGCAAGAGGGUUGAACAAGUGCAGCGGCUUCUCUCGAUUGUAAACUUGGUUAUAGCACAGAAUGGUGGGCGGCCAUACACGGAUGAGAUAUUUGCUGAAGUGAAGAAAUUUCGUGAUCAACAAGAAGAGGUUGCUUCAAAGGGGUAUUCAAAACAAGAAAUAUCUCGUUUGAAUGAGCAGAUACAGCUUGCACAUGAUCAGCAGCUUAAACAGAUUACUGAGAUGAUUGAUUUAAAGAUGAAAGAGAAAACCAUGAUGCUUGAACAAAAGUUAGCAGAUGAACGUGUUGCACGACUAAGAGCAGAAGAGACUACCCAAGAGGCUCAACAAAGGUCUGAGGGUGUAAUCCGAAAGCUUAGAAACGAUCUUGAAAACAAGCCUGAGCCUAAGCAGCCAAAAUGCACAGAGACGUGUGUUAUUAUGUAAUGAUUGAUAGGCUAUGUGGUAAGGAGAUAGUGGAGUUUGUGGCAACUGGCUACAACGUCUGGUUGAUAAUGGCUAUGGUAUCCUGUGUAAAUGUGAAAGAUGCUGGCUCACAGUUGGAAGUUUAAUAUCUAAACUCUUGAACUGUGUAGGAAUAAUGUUGUAAGUAUAUUCAUCUCUUAAGAAGGGUUAUAUAGUACUACAACCAUGUACAUAUAAAGAAAAGUAAUUAAUUCUGAUCUAAGUCAACUAUAUCACUAAUGCUAAUUGAUACACAAAAUAAAUCAUAAUAAAGAUUAAUUCAUAU